AUGGAUUUCAACUCAUGGAACAUUUUUUGGAGUUCGGCUUUCGGACUGUUAGCGGUACUGAUCGAUAUGGGAAACUUCUUCUCCAUCUGGGUAUUCAACCGACAGAGAUCCCGCAAACGAUCUUACUUUCUACUAAUCAGUUUGGCUGUUGCUGAUUUAAUGGUCGGAUUGUUCGCAAUUCCACUUUUUAUAACUCGGAGAAGCACGCGACAUUCCCAUUUGCGGUGGCUCGUGUCAACGUCUUUUGACGCUUUCACUGGUUUAACUUCCAUCUAUACACUAGCAGUCAUUUCCUUGGAGAGAAUGUUUGCCAUC